AUGGUCAACACGAUUGUCCAUCACCAUCAAUUGAACGCCACAUUCAACGGCACGACAGUAGACUACGCAGGCUUCAAGAUCAAGAAAUUCAAAGGGAUCAAAUACGCUCAUAUCCCUGCUCGAUUCGAGAAGGCGCAACCCGUCGCACCUAAAGAACUGAGUGGGAAGACGAUUGAUGCUACUCAAUAUGGUCCCAAAUGCCCACAGGUUGACGUCGACGUCCGUCAUUUACUACGAAUUCCCGAAGAUUUUGAGAUCAAGGAGGAAGCUGAAGAUGAGUUUGAGUGCUUGAACCUAGAUGUCACUGUGCCGGCGAAUGUGCCGAGUGGUCAGAAACUGCCGGUUCUGGUUUGGAUAUACGGUGGUUCUCAAGCAGUUACAUUCUGCUCUGCUGCGUCUGAUACUACAAGAAUUGUCGGGGACUCAGUCAAGGCCGGAAAGCCAAUUAUAAUAGUUGCAAUGAAUUAUCGACUGAACCUCUUUGGGUUCGGAGACGGUAAAGGGACCGCAGAAGUCAAUCUCUCGCUCAAAGAUCAAGCGUUGGCAAUCGACUGGGUUAGAAGAUACAUCGAGGGCUUCGGUGGUGAUUCUGAAAGUAUCACCCUCUGCGGCGAAAGUGCCGGCGCAGUCUAUGUUCACGCUCACCUCAUAACCGGUCCACCAGUGAAACGCGCAGUUCUCAUGUCCGGAUCUCUGCACUUGUCGCCGCCAAUGCCACAUCAACUCGGGAAAGGUGUCUUGGAGGUCUGCGAAGCUCGCGCGCAGGAAUUAGAGGGCAAAUCGUUACGUGAUUGUAGCCAGAAAGUCUUCAAGCAGAUCCUGACAGAAAAUAAUUUGUCUCGUUGUUGGAUGCAAGAGGAAGACAUUUUGGCAAACUGGGAAAAUAAGCAGGAACAGGUUGAUGAGCUGAUGAUUGGCGAGACUGAAUUUGAGUCAGUAAUCUGGCGCAGAGGCAUCGAGACCCUCUCCCCCACAGACAUAAUAUCCACUUUCACAGCCUCCGAUCCUGAACUAGGCGACAAGCUGCGCAAAGCAUAUCACAUAUCCGCCGAUAGGCCAACAUCAAGUACCCUAGGUGUCCUAGAUCUUCUGCACGACUCUAAAUUCGCUCUCCCUACCGAACUCGUCGCGGAAAAACUCAUCGCAAACCAGAAGAAGGUAUACCGAUACCUUUUUGAUGAAGUCAAUCCAUGGCAGGCUUCUUCUCGCGCGCAUCAUGCUGUGGACCUUUUAUUCAUAUUUGGAACAAUGGACUAUUCACAUAAUCCACCCGCUGAAGCCGUAGGCGAAGACAUGCGGAGUAGAUGGAUUGAUUUCGUGAAUGGCAGAGAGCCAUGGUCCGAAUUAUCGACUACGCAGAAAAGAUUCGCCUUUGGGCCUUACGGAGAUUGUAAGGAAAUUGAUCAGCGACAGUUUGCAGGAAGGAGGAGGGCACAUGUUUUCGGGUUGUUGAGAGAGGUUGGACCGCAGAUUUCUAAUGGAAUAGCGAAUAAGCUGGCUGCUGGGAAGAUUAGUUUGCUUAAUUAG